AUGCUUUCCAAAUUCACCUUCGCCAUCGCGGCACUCCAGGCUAGCCUUGCCCUUGCUGGCAACGCCAUCAUCGCCAACCGCUGCAGCUACGACAUCUGGGUCUGGUCGAUCUCUACCGGAUACGGUGUGCCCACAGCGGUCCGCAUCCCUUCGCGUACCACGCACAGCGAGCCCUACACUGGUAUCAGCACUUCCAUGAAGGUCAGCAAGACUGAGAACCUCCUCGCUGGCCACCACACGCAAUUUGAAUACUCCAUCGCCGCCGGUCAGCUCUGGUACGACAUCUCUUUCGUGGACUGUGCCGAGGGCGAGUCUGCGUCCAACUGCCCUGGCCACGACGAGGGCCUCGCCAUGGAUGCCAGCGACGACAGCUGCGGCAAGAUCGACUGCGAAGCUGGAACAUACUGCCCUUCGCAGAUCUACUACGUCGACCAGCCCUUGAAGAAGCUUCAGAUCGCCGAGCCCGUCUUCAUGUGCCCCAAGACCCUGGGCACCAGCCCCGACCUGUACAUGAAGGUCUGCUCUGGUGAGGAACAGAUCAAGAGGAGCGUUGCUGGACGCAUGCAGAUCAACGGCGAGGCUUAG